CCUCCACUCGGCUGUAUUUCACAGUGACACACCUCCAAAAUGGCUUCCAAAGGGGAUCCGGUCUAUCAAAUUUUCUCAUUUCAUGACUGUAAAACCUCUCCCGACCCGAUUUUUGAUCUCCCUGCCCAGUGUCAGACCCCGGUCCCGGCCCCGGUCCCGAUAGUGAUAGAUAACGGCUCCUUCCAGACCCGGGCCGGUUGGGCGGCCCCGGCGGCGGAGUUCGAGUCCCCGCGGCUGCUCUUCAGGUCGGUGGCGGCGCGCAGCAGAGGGGCUGCUCGCAGUGAGACCCAGAUCGGUAACGAUAUCCCCAACCUGGAGCCGCUGCGGUGGCUGCUGAAGAGCCAGUUCGACCGAAACGUGGUGGUCAACUUCGAGAUCCAGGAGCUCAUCUUUGACUAUGUGUUUACACACCUGGGCAUCACCUCUGAGGGCAGUGUGGCCCACCCCAUAGUGCUGACAGAAGCGCCCUGCAACCCGCUGCACUGUCGGCAGAUGAUGUCAGAGUUGCUAUUUGAGUGCUACCGCGUCCCGUACGUCUCCUACGGCGUGGACAGCUUGUACAGUUUCUACCACAAUAACGCUCAAAGGAACCUCCAGCCUCCGCACACUGGCAUUGUUCUGUCCUCAGGAUACCACUGUUCACACAUCUUGCCGGUUAUCAAUGGCAGGUUGGACGCGGUGAACUGUAAGCGUGUGAACGUGGCCGGGAGUCAGGCAGCGUCCUACCUGCAGCGGCUGCUCCAGCUGAAAUACCCGGGUCACCUCGCUGCCAUCACACUCAGCCGCGUUGAGGAACUGCUGCAUGAGCAUAGUUACACUGCUGUGGAUUAUCAAGAAGAGCUGGAAAAGUGGCGCAGCCCAGAGUUUUAUGAGCGGGAGGUUCACCGUAUGCAGCUUCCAUUCUCAGGUAAGGUGCCGGGCGGCUGUGUGAGCGUGGAGGAAAGGCAUGAGAGACGAGCUCAGCAGCUCCGAAGGCUUCAGGAGAUCAACGCUCGCCGCCGGGAGGAGAAGCUGCUGCAGGACCAAGAGAGGCUGGAUAGACUUAUGGCUGUACAGGAGCUGCUGGAGGACGGCCUGUUGGAUCAGUUUCAUAAGAGCCUGGUGGAGCUCAACAUGGACUCAGCCGAGGAGCUGCAGUCGUACAUCAACAAACUGCAGCUGGCUGUGGAGCAGGGCCGACAGAGACUGCUGCUCAGCGACGGAGCAGAGGGGAAGGCGGAGGUGUCUGAGCUGGAGCAGCCGAUGGACGAGGGAGACGGAGUGGCACUGAUGGAUCCUGACUUCCCUGAGGACACGCUGCCAGAAAAACCUGCUAAUGUGGUUCAGCCUGUGUUCAACCUGGCGGAGUACCACCAGCUGUUUGUGGGGACGGAGCGUCUGCGGUGUCCAGAGAUCCUGUUCCAGCCCUCGCCGACCGGAGAGGACCAGAUGGGACUGAUGGAGACACUACAGUUCGUUUUGGCCAGGUACACUCCAGAGCAGCAGGAGGCGCUGGUGAGCAAUGUGUUUCUGACAGGAGGGAACAUGCAGUACCCUGGAAUGAAGGAGAGAGUAGAGAAAGAACUGCUGGCUAUGAGGCCUUUCCAGUCGCACUUCAAGGUGACAAUGGCGUCGCGGCCGGCCCUGGACGCCUGGUACGGGGCAAGAGACUGGGCUUUGGAGCAUCUGCCUACAGAAGGGGGAGCAGUGGCAGAGGGAUGGAUCAGCAGACAAGACUAUGAGGAGAAAGGAGGCGAAUACCUGAGCGAGCACUGUGCCUCUAACGUCUUCAUUCCCAUUAAAAUCGCCAAACCGGUUCCUGCUCGCCCCACCGAGCCCUCUGUUGCCCCACUGACAUCGAACGGAGCUUCUGCUGCCGUCACCACCGUAACGUCUGCCCUGACUCCCUCCGGUUCCACCAUUUCCACUGAUGUUUCUAUGGUUACCUCCUAAACUGAGAUCUCAGAUAGCACAAGGCUCUGAUGUUCUGUUUUUGACUGUAAAUGUUAUGGAAAUACAAUUUUGUUUAUUUUUUUAAUUAUGCUGUAUGAAACCACAAGAGACCAUUCAUAUUGAAUUGUGGUCAAAUUAAUGAUCUUAAAGGUCUAGUGGAAAAAUUUCAUGUUUGUAAAUAGAAAUUGUUGUAUGUUUUUUUUUAAAGUAUAUUUUCACUGAUGAAAA